AUGAGCCGAGGACCUAAUCAAUCAUCUCAUCCAUCAGUUGUAAAACAACAAUAUGACACAUACAAUGUAUGGAAUUUUGAAAAUCAAUGGCGUGCAGACUUAUUCGCAUGUAAACCAUGUGGUCGAUGCUGUGGAGCAUGUUUUUGUCCAUGUAUCAUAGGUUGCAAAUUGGCUAAAACUUUAGGUGAAUCAUCUAUUAUUGGUUGCUGUCCUGGUUCGUUAUCAUAUUUUCGAACAAAAUUGCGAACAGCAAGACGUAUUGAAGGUUCAUGCUGUGGUGAUUAUUGGGCAUCAGCUUGUUGUGGAGCAUGUGUAGCGACACAACUAUCAAAUGAACUCGAAUCACAAGGAUUAUGGGAUACUAAAGGAAAACAAAGAAAAACUUAUCCUCGAAAUGAUCGUUCUCAAAAUAAUGGCGACUAUUAA